AUGAGUCGAUGGUCAGUUGGCUCUGCACCUGGGAGCGUGAAACCGGUGUACGGUGCUCGUUAUCCUCCACUACAACACGACGUACCCUGUGGGAGUCCUAGCAAGGAUCUCGCCAAGCAAUCAAAAUUUCAAGAUUACGAGAACAGUGUGUCGGAUGCAUGGGAUACUCGUGUCCUCGUCGAUGAUGCCCUUGCGUCAGCAUCUGCUGCUCGCGUACUUGCAGCUCAUGCAGCUGGAAAAACCAGAGAAGAGGUGAUAAUGCCUCCUGUCAACCCGGCUCCAACAAAAAAUGGACGCGUUCAAGCAUUACAGCGACUUGCGAUUCAGAAAGAUCCCUUGCCUUCUACAAUUACCAGUGCGCCUGUACAAAAUCCAAAUCCUAUCUAUCCAAAACUACCGGAGAUAUCUGGUGAUCAAGUCCGUAUAACGGUCGCUGCGGUGAAUGGAUCACAACCAGGCGGUGAGCGCGAUCAGACCAGAUUUGAACGCCUUCGUCGUCUGUUUUCGGCAGGAAAGUCGAACGGGAGAAACUCUCCUCCAGCUGAUAUUGAUAUGGAA